UCAAUUCAUUAUUCGGAAGGAAAUGCUAUACUGCAUUGCAACAGUUCAAAAUCACAAAUUUUGAAGUUUUGUGGAUUAAUUAACGUAAAUUGCACUAAUCAAUUAACAUAUUGUGUCAAGAUUAAAGGAUUAUUAGUAUACAGCGGAACCCGUUUGAUCCCAGUGGAAGUGUUUUUACAGAUAAAACGAAAACAACGCGUAUACAAAUCAAAUAUAAAGUUAAUGUUCUAAUACAUGUGUAACAAAAGUGGUAAUUUUGAUUUAUUAUUUUGUGAAAAAUUAAAAGUAAACUAUUUUCACCUGUCCGAUAACGGGAAAGUUUUUACCUUAGAACUACUUGCGCAUGCGUUAAUGCUAUUUUUGCAGACUGAAAAGUGAAACACUGGCCAAAACAUGGCGAAGCCAUGUCGCUUCGUAGGAUUUAUAUUUCGAGGCCUUGUGUAUUAUUUGUGGUUUAUAUCAUCUUAUAUUUCUUGUGAAAAAGUGGUAUUAUUGGAUUCUACAAAAACUUCUAGAUUAGGAUGGACAACACAGAGAAAUGGACCAACAGAUCAGUCAAAUUAUGGGUGGCGAGAGGGAAGUUACACCAAAGAUGGAUCCCCCAUACGAGUGUACGCCUCAUGUUCAGUUAGCAGUAAUGGCGUAGACAACUGGUUACGGACACCAUUUAUAGACAGAGACAAGGCCAAUAGUAUUAGUGUAGAAAUAGAAUUCUCUAUGAGGAAAUGUUCUAGACAUUCAGACCCAAGUUCUUUAACAGCUUGUAAAGAGACUUUUCAUCUUUACUAUUACGAAGCAGAUUCAGACAUUGCAAAUGAACUAAUGCCAUCAUGGGAUGCUACAACUUAUACGAAAGUAGAUGUGAUUGCUGCCGAUUAUUUGUACGAGGGCAAACAAGGGGAAGAAAUUAAGUUAAAUUUUGACAAACAAGAAAUAGCCUUAAAUAAAGGACUAGGAGGGGUUUAUUUAGCUUUUCAAGACACUGGUGCAUGUGUUUCUUUAAUUUCUAUUAAAGUUUAUUACAUCAAAUGUCCAAACAUUACUAUGAACUAUGCCUUCUUUUUGGAGACACCUACUGGAAGUAGUCCGCAGGCGUUAGAAGAAAGAGAAGGUGUUUGCAUUGCAAACUCACAGAUGGAAAGUAAAGCCACCUUACUGUGCCGUAGUUCUGGACAGUGGUAUUAUAACAGUGGUAACUGUCAGUGUAUAGCUGGAUAUGAAGGCAACAAUGGAACAGAAUGUCUAGCCUGUAAAGUUGGUUACUACAAGUCGUCAGCAGGGAACCAGAAAUGUUAUCGUUGUCCAGAUCAUAGUUACACCAAUGUGCCACAGUCAGUACAGUGUACAUGUGACUCGGGAUAUUACAGGAGUCUUACUGACAAGAAAGACAUGCAAUGCACUCAGCCACCUUCAGCUCCUACAAACUUGAGAGUGACUGAAAAGACCAACAAUCGGUUGACACUGGUUUGGAAUAGGCCUGUUUAUGAUGGUGAUAGAGCUGACUUGUUUUACAAAGUUAGCUGUUACAACUGUGAUCAUAAUGUUAAAUUUGUUCCAAGCCAUGAACUUAAUUCAACUAGUGUAACACUACAAGGUUUGAGAUCGAGCACAGAAUACAAUAUAACUGUCUUUGCACACAAUGGAGUUACAGUCACAAGCAAACAGAAGCCACAAAGUGAUUCAAUUAAAGCCAGAACUGACUACAGUCUAGCAGUUAUAGACAAUCUAAAAAUAGUACAGAAACUUUCUACUGGAACUGUUGUCAUAACAUGGGAGCUGGCCCAACAUGUGAAGGAGGAAGUAGAAUUGUAUGAAGUCAAAUGGUACCCAUCAGGAUUUCCCAAUCUGGUGUUAUCUAAUGAGACCACAUUCACCAAUUACACAUUUCAUAACUUGGAUCUUACAAAAGUCUACAAUGUGCAGAUUCGAGGGAAGACUACCAAUAAAGGUUGGGGAGACUAUAGUGAUCCAUUACAGAUCAAAGAUGGAGACAACCAAUUAGAAAAAGUAGAAUUAGAACAGCCUAUGCCGUCUGUUGGUAUUAUAGUAGGGUCUAUCAUAGCUGUGUUCCUGUGUAUGUCUAUAGCAGCCAUUAUGAUCAUCAUUUUACUCAAAAGAAAUCGGCCACAGUGCAGUGAGACAAAGGGAGGCGACUGUGAUACUCUACAUUAUGGACACGGUGAGGUUGUUCACUGCCCCCCACUGGAGCCCCACAUGAACGGUGGUUUGACGAUGCCAUUAUUCACGCCACCAGGAUCAGUAAAAACCUAUGUAGACCCCCAUACAUACGAGGAUCCUAACCAAGCUGUGAGAGAAUUCACCAAGGAGAUAGAUAGUUCUCAUAUAGUUAUAGAGUCAGUCAUCGGUGGAGGAGAAUUUGGAGAUGUAUGUAAAGGAAAGUUAAGAAUUCCCCGUAGAAUGGAAAUGUCUGUUGCCAUCAAAACAUUAAAACAAGGUGCCACUGAUAAAGACAGAAUGGAGUUUCUUACAGAAGCCAGUAUCAUGGGACAGUUCGAUGAUCCAAAUGUAAUCUACUUGGAAGGAGUAGUCACAAAGAAUUUUGUUUUUGCAGACCAUCCAAUAAUGAUUGUAACAGAAUAUAUGUUAAAUGGAUCACUUGAUACAUUUUUACGAAAUAAUGAUGGUAAAUUCACAGUAAUACAGUUAGUUGGGAUGAUGAGAGGAAUAGCAUCUGGUAUGAGUUAUCUGUCAGAGAUGGGAUAUGUACAUAGGGAUUUAGCAGCAAGAAAUAUUUUGAUUAAUGAGAAUUUGGUGUGUAAAGUAGCAGAUUUUGGUCUUUCAAGGGAGAUAGAUUUAGACACUACAGAUGGUGCUUAUACCACUAAAGGAGGUAAAAUUCCAGUGCGAUGGACAGCGCCCGAGGCUAUAGCUUUCAGAAAGUUUACUUCAGCCUCUGAUGUGUGGAGUUACGGAGUUGUUAUGUGGGAGAUUAUAUCAUAUGGAGAGAGACCUUACUGGAACUGGUCUAACCAAUAUGUCAUACAAGCUGUAGAAAGAGGAUUUAGGCUUCCACCACCAAUGGAUUGUCCAGAGGCUAUUCACCAACUGAUGUUAGACUGUUGGCAGAAAGAGCGUGGAAACAGACCAAAGAUGCAACAAGUGGUUAGGUCACAUGAUAAAUUCAUUAGAGCACCAGAACUGUUGAAGAAAAUAGCAAAACCAAGAGCUGACUUACUAAUGGACUUAAACCCAGUAAAUGAGGUUUCACGAUUCAAUAAUGUGGAAGGAUGGCUAAUCUCUAUCAAAAUGGACAGAUAUAUACAAAAUUUCUUAAAUGCCGGAUAUCGGACAAUGGAACAAGUGUCAACCAUAACUUCACGAGACUUGGAAACAUUAGGUGUGACUUUAAUAGGACAUCAAAAGAAAAUAAUGAAUUCUAUUCAAACAUUGCGUGCCCAGUUGUAUGGACCUCACUUUCAAGUUUCCGAGGGAUUCCUAGUAUAGCAGUGAACGAAUGUUGUAGUCAAAAAUGUUUUCUUACUAAAUGUGAUAUGUUAUAAAUGUAUGAUCAUCCAUUGUAUGUGCUAGUUGGUCCUGCAUUGUAAAUGUUGAAUGCCUCUCAGAGAGGCGUAGAGUAUACCCAUCAAAUGAAAUGCUGUUGCAAAUUGAUGGAAACUAUGGAUUCAAGAAAUGGACUUGACAGAAAUUUUGUCGUAAAUCAACAAAAUGGAAGAUGAAAAGUCGACAUUGUCCUUCAAAGAAAUAAGGAAUUGUGGUCAAACUGUAUUCCUUUGUCAAUGAUUUUUUUGGCAGAUAUGACCAUAAUGAAUUGAAGUGUCAUUUUGACAUUUGCUAGUCCAAUAGGAACUUGAAACUUUUUGAAGUAAUAUUGUUUCCAUAGUAAUUGUAGCACAUCACUUAUGUAUAAAUAAUGAAUCGUGUAACGAAUCAUGUGAUAUAAAACUCAUAUUUCAGCCAGUUAAACUGGAUACAUGUGUGACUGUUUUGUCAGUAUUUUACAGACAUCUCCCCUAUGUAGUGAGGGGAAAUAUGUUCAAAUAGAGCACCAAGGUCACAAUAUAUAUGUAUAGGUCCUGAAAAUGUACAUAGAAAGAAUAUUUAUUUGUGAUAUUUGCUUUUAAAUAUUUUUAUUUUAAAUCUUUCUUUAUUGGUGGAAAAUGGCUUUUAUGUAUUUUUUUCUCUCACAUUUUAUAUAGUUUCCUCUUUUCUUAAUGGAAAGCUUGCAGAGCAUGCAAGUCUGUUGUGUUUUUAAUUAAUUUAUAAGUUAAUAUUGAGACAUUGAAGUUGAGAUAUCAGUUUUUUUUUAAACAAAAAGUUAAAAAAAAAAAAUGAUUAAAAAACUUUUAGACUUACCUCCCCUUCAUCAGUGAUUACAUUUACUGAAUUUUAAACUUGGCAAUGGUUUUUAAAUGGCAUUAAAUGCUGAUAUUGAUGGUAAAAAAUCAUAUAAAAAACUUAAAAAUGGAAUACAUAUCAGUUUAAAAUAUUUUACAAUAUUGUAGUAAUUUAACUGCUUGUAGAUAUUUUAAUAUUUUUUGUAAUGUGUCUACAAAUUUAGGUGCUAUUUUUGUGGCAGUUUUCUGCAUUCUUUUAUUUUUAAAGGUUGUUUUGACUUGAGUAGAUUUGUAAUAUUAUUUUAAGUAUCAUCUAUCAUCCUGGCGUCUUAAUACUGAGAUAAGGUUGUAUUCUGUUUUCUGUCGAUCUAGGAUUGAAAUUUUCUUCGUGGUUGAGCUAUGGUCUGACUUGAACUGUAAAGUACACACAACACUAUGUUCAUUUACUCCAUAGAUAUUUGAGAACAUGAUGCUUAACUUACAAUCAGAAAAAUUGAGAACAAUUUAAAUAGUAAUUUAAUUAAGUUUAAAGAAAAUAAGCAGUAAAGAAAAUUACUCAUUAGUAUUUGAAUGAGUUAUCUCCCUUAUCACAACUUUGAAAAAUCAGACAAGA